CCAGUACCGGAAGUAAAUUUCCAAUGCGAUGAUCGUUACUGAAGACCGAUUCGUUGCGCUUAUCCGAUUUUUUCUUUGCAAAAACGGAUAGAUAGAUAGAUGAUUCAAAUGUGUAAUCGUUAAAGCGAUUCCCUUAGAACAACGCGACAGAGAGAGAGACGUGAGAAUUAGACGUAUUUUGUUACAUCCGGACACUUUGACUGUUUACGAUUAAGCACACUACCAAAGCGAUUGCGAUCUUAUAUUCACUAUGUUAAAGCGAUAUUAUAUGACAUUUAUAGCCACAUACAGACGCAAGUUGUUUGUGAGCCUCCACGGGAAACCAGGCGGAUAACGUGCGUCCUGAUUGGACACUGAUUAUGACGCAGGCCAGUGGGCGUGCCAGGCAGUCACGGCCAUGUUUAUUAUUAUGUUUCAGCGACGUUAGUGUGACAUAUUCAAGACGAGAGGAGAGGUUACAGGAGACAGAGAGAGUGAUAGCAGACAUGACGUCCCCAGAAAUUGCGUCUCUGUCCUGGGGCCACAUGAAGGUCAAAGGUUGCGCCUCUUCCUACAAAGAUUGCAAGGUGUGGCCAGGUGGUAGCCGGGAAUGGGACUGGAGAGAGACUGGGACAGACCAUUAUCCAGGUGUCCAGCCAGCUGACCUAGAGGAAAUUCUGAGGAAAGGAGUUCAGACGCUUGUCAUAGGAAGAGGAAUGAGUGAAGCAUUACAGGUGCCUCCCUCCACAGUGGAGCAUGUGAAGAAACAGGGCGUGGAUGUAAAGAUACUGCAGACUGAGAAGGCUGUGAAAGAGUAUAACAACCUUGCAGGACAGGGAAUGAAAGUGGGAGGAGUUUUCCAUUCCACCUGCUGAACAUGCUAACCCAAGUUGAACGAGUUUCUUUACAUCUCAGCUGCAUGUUACAAAUCUGUAAGGAUUCACUAACCUUUGGUGUUUAGACAACAGGAUUUUCAACAUACAAAAGACAAGAUUUUAUUACAAGAAAAGAAAAAACUACAGAUCAAUAUUUUCUGAAAAAAUAAACGUUAAGGGGAAAACGGUU